CGUGUACGCUGUCCCGCUGGUAGCGAAGUGCUGUGGCGCAGCGCAGCGCCUGGGGAGGAGCCCGGCCAGCCUCCCCUUCCCUGCCCCCAGCUUCUCCUUCCUCCCGGGGAGGGGGCUGCGACCCCCAGCCUCGCUGCUUGGGCCUCGCACUUGGGGGGCCGUGUUUUUUGAGGCCUCUGCGUGUAGCGAGACAAGUGGCAACAGGCUGUGGGUGUUUUUGUGCUUUUCCUUCGAUCCCCGCGGUGUUACGGGUUGCGCCCCCCCGGGGCCAGCAGCUCUGUGUAUAUAGCAGAUAAGUGCGUGGGGGCUCUGCCAGGGCCUCCCCUCUCCAGGGAGACCGGCCUCGCUGUCGAUCCUGGCGGAUAUCCCGGGAUGCUGGGCCUCCCUUCCUUCCCACCGGCCUAGUGCCCUGCUCCCGGGGGCAUCUGCAGAGCCCUUGCCUUGCUGCCGGCUCCUGCCCGGGUCCCUGGGGCCGCGGGUGGAUGUGGGAGGGCAGCAGUGGCAGAGGGAGGCCCCAAGGCUGCUGCCGCUUCCGCACACCGAGGCGGGGCUUGGGCCGGGCCAGCGGUGCCCCGAGCUGUUGCUCUGCUCGCUGCUGCGGGGCCCCGGCCCGCCUCCUGGGGCUGCCGGCUGCGGAGCGGGAGCCAGGGCAGCCGGAGCUGCUGCCGGGAGGCUUCUGGGCUCUGUCCCGGUGACCCCAGGAGGAGCCACUGCCUCGCUGAUCCCCGGGGCUGAUGCGCCGCACUGCCCUGCUCCGGCUCCCGCGUCCCAGGCCACGACCGAGCGUCCCGGCACGCUGCCACCUGCCCCUCCGUCCUGAGUCCCAGCCCCAGCGGCGGGUCCGGAUAGCUCCGGGCGGCUCUGGCGGCGGCGCUGACGGCCGGCUUCUCCCCGUGGCUGCUCGCAGGACGGGUUUCCAGUGGGCCCUCAUGGCGGGCUGGUUCCAGCGGCUGCUGCGCCGGCGCAAGCCGAGCCCGGGCUCCAUGGAGAGCGGCCUCAGCGCCGCCGCCCGGCACCCGCCGCCCUCCUCCUCCUCCUCCUCCUCCUCCUCGCCUUCGUCGUCCGAGGCGCGCCGGCUGGCUGCCAGCCCCUGCUCGGUGGACAUCAGCAGCGCCAGCAGCGCCCGCUGGGCCAAGAGCUACGACGCCUGCAUCUGCCACAGCGCGGGCGACCUGCCCUUCGCCGAGGAGCUGGCGGCCUACCUGGAGGGGCAGCCCGAGGGGCUGCGCUGCUUCCUGCAGCCCCGCGACGCGGCGCCUGGCGCGGCCGUGCCCACGGAGCUGUGCGAGGCGGUGCGCGGCAGCCACUGCUGGGUGCUGCUCAUCACGCCCGCCUUCCUGCGCGACCCGUGGUGCAAGUACCAGCUGCACCAGGCGCUGGCGGAGGCGCCGGCGGCCGACGGCCGCGCCAUCCCCGUGCUGAAGGACGUGGGCCGCGGCGAGUACCCGGCCGAGCUGCGCAGCCUCUACUACAUCCCCGCCGCCCGCCGCGACACAGCCUUCCGCCAGGUCCGCGACGCCGUGCUGCGCUACCUGCGUGAGCUGUGCCGCGGCUCCGCGGGCCGCCCCGAGUGACGCCGAGGACAGCGCCGAGGGCAGCGGCGGCCGCGCGCGGGAAGGCGCUUGGGCAGCGUCUGCCCCCCUCCCAGCGUGAAGCCGCCCUAGACGGGACAGAAACGAGCACGCUGUUUGUAAAGACUAGCCGCGCUAACCUGCCUCUGUUAAAACUUCCUUCCACUGAUGCGGGCUUUCUGUUUGAAUAAAGACCAGUUUGAAGCGUG